AUGGUUAUGAAGAACGAAACUGCUAAACCUGUCACGGCGGCGGGAAAGGUUGCUGCUGCGGUGAACGAAGUUCAUUACCGUGGAGUGAGGAAGAGGCCGUGGGGUCGUUACGCGGCUGAGAUUCGUGACCCCGGGACGAAAACGCGUGUCUGGUUGGGUACUUUCGAUACGGCGGAGGCGGCAGCGAGAGCAUACGACACCGCAGCAAUCAACUUUCGUGGAUCUAAGGCGAAGAUCAACUUCCCUCCGUCGUUGGAUGGCGUCACCGGUGGGAAUUACAGUCAGAGUAGCACUGUGGAGUCUACUCCUUCCAGCCGGGAGAGUGAGAAUAACACUCCGGUGGAACUGGAUCUGAUGAGGUGUCUUGUCGGCGAGGCGUCGUCGGUUGGUGGGUAUCAGUUUUUUGUGAAUGGGAACCAACAGACGGUGGCGUUUGUUCCUCACGCGCAGCCGAUUAUGUUUUUUGGAGUGCAACCCGAGAUGGCAAUGAACAGGGCCCAUCAGUACCCGAUCCAUCAAAUGGAGCAGCAUUUUGACGGUGGAUAUGGUGGUAGGGCGGAGAGUGUGUCGGAGUCGUCGUCUGUAGCGGAUUACAUCCCACGUGAUACGAGUUAUUCGAAACGAGAAAUUAACCUCGAUCUGAAUCUAGCUCCUCCGACAGUAGAAGUUUAA